AUGGAGAAGAUGGGGGAGGAAUGCCGACUAGGGUAUGGUGAAGAUGCAGUUCUCAACUACGGAGGCAAGCCAAAUCACAAUUCACCAAAGUCACCAAAGUCACUUGAAAGUCACCGAGACGAGAAACACACCCGACCGGUUAUCAGACGAGUCCAGCGAGUCCAGCUCCAAAGGUCCAAGGCCGGGCGCGAACGACGCCAAUCGGCCCAAUGGCGCUACAAACCAGCGAUCGAGUGGCCCGAGGCCCUUCCGCACACGGUUUAG